AUGGGGAACAACACGCAAGCAUCAAAGGUAGUAGAAAAAUUCCAAGAACUUUUCGUACGUCUAGGCCCACCGAAACAUGUAGUGACGGACAAUGAUAGACAAUACACUAGUAAGGAAUUCAAAUUAUUUUUGGACGAUAAGAAUAUAAAGCAUAGUUUUUCUCCACCUUAUCACCUCGCCACCAACGGAGCAGCGGAAAAUUUCGUAGCUACGUUUAAAAAUAGCGUCACAAAAAUGGUAAAAGGAGGAAAAAAAAUAAAAGACACCGUGAAUAAAUUUCUCGAGGACUAUAGGAGCACCACUCACUGUACCACAGGUAAGAGCCCCGCCUGGCUCAUGUAUAAACGAGAAUUUCGUACACGUUUCGACCUCCUUCGACCAAGCGUGGUGGACAAGGUAGAAAAAGAACAAAUGGCACAAGUCACCGCAGUGAACGGACACAGAAAAGUAAAGUUCCAAGUAGGGGACGUGGUAAUGGCGGACGACCAUCGCGUUAGGAGGGAGAAGAGAGCAAAGGCCGUAAUAACUAAACGUCUGAGACCAGUGACGUUUGAGGUGCAAGUCCAAGAAGGAGAGACCUGGAAACCCCAUGCGGAUCAGCUAAUCAAAAUAUCCUGCGAAAACAGGGCUCCGAGGAGAUCAGCACGUCUGCAAGAGCGACCAAAGGGCCUAGAGGGUGUCGCCAGAAAUUAA